GGAGUUUGGCUGCUUUGGAAGUGACUAAAAGUUACCUGUCUAAAUUACAACAUAAUACUACCGAUCCAAGUUUGUUUGUAAAUACAACAAGUCUGGAAAAUAAAAAUAAUGCCAGUACCAACAAGCAGCAUAAUAUGAUGUCACCUACAUCUCCAUCAACCACAAUCAAUACUUUCUUACCAUCAGAAGUCACUGCAAGUCUGGAAAAUAAAAAUAAUGUCAGUACCAACCAGCAUAAUAUGAUGUCACCUACAUCUCCAUCAACAACAAUCAAUAAUUUCUUACCAUCAGAAGUCACUGCAAGUUAUUCAAAUACAAGUAAUCUACAAAACCUAGAGAGUUUGACUGCUUAUGAAGUUUUUAAAGCCGAUGGUCUUUCAUUGGCAGAAUCACAACAUAUUAAUGAUCCACAUUUGUAUAGAAAUGUUAAAAUCUCAUCAGCUCUUCUAAAAAUGCUAACCAAUCUUGGCCCUUUACAACCAGUCCGUAAAGAUUUGCCAGGAGGAGAAUUUCCUAAAUCUUCCUUUAGUGGUACUGAACGGUCAUUUUCAGAAGUUUAUUAUAAAAAAGAAACUAACAAUGAUACCCAUAGUAGACAAUGGCUUGCCUAUUCUUUAAUAGUAGACCGUGUAUAUUGCUGGACUUGUCGCUUAUAUGGUACUCCUAAAGCUCAGAAUAAUAUAUUUUCUAUGACCGGAUGUAAUGAUUGGAAACAUUUAUCUACUCGUUUAAAGGAACACGAAUCUAGUAAAGUCCAUUUAGAGUCAGAAAUUAGUAGAGCAAUGUAUGUUGGUCAAAGUCGAAUAGAUUUAUCACUAAUUAGAUCUGGAAAUACUCAAGUAUCUAAGAAUCAGGAAAUUGUCAGAGUACUUAUGGAUAUUAUUUUGUAUCUUUCAAAAUAUGAUUCAGCAUUUCGCGGCCACAAUGAAAAAUUGUUAAAAAAUGAUUCUAUCAAUCGAGGAAAACUCACUUUCGUGUCGAAAGAUUCUCAAAAUGCUAUGUUAGAAGCUUUAGCAGAAACUCUUCGUGACGAAAUCUUACAAAAAGUCAAGAACGCUGGUAUGUUUUCUGUCAUAAUUGAUACUACAACAGAUAAUGCGAAGAUUGAUCAAUUGGCAUUUGUUAUACGAUAUUGUUCUGAUGAUGGUGAAGUUUUUGAGCGUUUAGUUGGUAUUGAUGAAGUAAACGAUUCUUCUGGAAAAGGGAUGUUUGAUGUAUUUUGUGAAUUAUGUGAACGCUAUGGAUUAAACUGGAGAAAACAACUCAUUGGACAGGCAUAUGAUGGAGCUUCCAAUAUGCAAAGUGAGUUAAAAGGCCUUAGAGGUUAUAUACAAGCUCAAAAUCCAUGUGCUUUACAUACUUCAAAGUUAGAUUUUGUUGAAGCAAUGAAACUUGUUAAGGCAACUAGAAAUGAAUUAUUCCAUUUAAGAAAUUUAGGAAGAGAACAACUCCUUGAAUGUUUUAUUAAUGAAGCGAAAACUUUCUGUGAGAAAUUUGAAUUAAAUGAAAGAAAUUGGAUAUGGAAACGUAUUAGUUUAAAAAAAAAAUGGAUGGAGAAUUGUCAAAUGACGAAAGAUCAAAUUCAACCGAAGACAAUUUUGUAA